UGCAACGCCGUGACACCCCUAAGGUAUGUGACCAGAUGCACUUAAAGUAGGAUUAUGACAUUGACAGAAUUCCAAAUUCUACAGAGAGAACUCCUAGACGAAGUCAGGGAUAGCUUGCCAUUGGACAAGCUUCCGCGAACCCUCAUUCCUAACGCACACCUAGGCUGGCUGCCACCAAAAAUGCACUACGGAUUCGACACAACGGCAGCAGUGGUGUAUGAAUACGCCAAAGAACACAAUCUGUCCUUUUAUUAUCCGAAAGAAGAGCCAUCCGAGUCGCUCCCUUCCGCCGCGGCGUCGGGCGACGGAGAUUCGGAUGGUAGCAAUCACAACCUGGGAGGUGAACCCUCCUACGAGUCUACAGGAGGCGGCGUCGGAGCCUACAGCGUCAGCCGUACUUUCUACGCAGUCAUGAAGGCCGUGGCCGAGGAGCUGCAGAUAGACGGUAUCGAAACAGAUGAUACCAAAUUGGUUUUGUGUCUCAACUCGGCGUCCGACCUCAGCAGUGGUGGAAAUCGUUACGUUGUGUCUUUCUACACAAACCACGAUCUCAUUCCGGGAAAGGUGGAUGCGUUGCCCAGAGCAGAGGAGAUCGAGAAGAUGCGUGAUAUCCUGGGAUCAACGCUACCGACCGGAUGGUACCUCUCUGCCAGUCGCUGGCGAUGGGAGUGGUAGAAAACACCUACGUUUGUCGUUCU